GAUCACAGAUUUAGAAUCACCAUUUUAAAUAAAAUCAAAAUAUUUAGAACGUAUAUUCGACUACGAAUAUUAGUUUAUCUCAAUUAAAAUACUAAAGCAGUAUUAGAAAUGUCUCGCCAGACCUCUAGACUCGACGCCAAGAAAGUUAAUUCAGAGCUAUUGACACUCACAUACGGCGCACUAGUGUCACAGAUGUUGAAGGAGAUUGAUAAUACGGAUGAUGUGAACAAGCAGCUGGAGAGAAUCGGGUACAACAUGGGCGUUCGUCUUAUUGAGGACUUCUUGGCCCGAACUACGUCGACCCGCUGUCUGGAAAUGAGGGAGACUGCAGAUAAAAUCCAGCAGGCGUUUAGGUUAUACCUAAACAUGCAGCCCACCGUAACCAGCUGGAGUAGUUCCGGAGACGAGUUCUCGCUCGUCUGGGACCAGUGCCCGUUGAGCGAGUGGGUGGAGAUGCCCAACAAUGGGCUGAAGUACUGCAUGCUGAUACCGGGGGCUAUCCGGGGUGCGUUGCAAAUGGUGCAGCUGGAAGUUCAGUGUUGGUUUGUUCAGGAUCAACUAAAAGGUGACCCAGUAACUGAGCUCCGAGUCAAAUACAUCAAAAGGCUAGAAGACGCUGUGCCUGCCGGAGAGGACUAAACAUGGACUGUUAGUUGUUUUAUUUUAUUAUAUUAUCUAGAUUACUUAGAUGGCUAAGUUAAACCUGUACAUGGUUUUAUUAUAAUUCACACUCCGGAUUUAUUUCAAAAUGGUAACAUUCUACUUCACAUAAUUUUUUACACUCGGAAUUAUAUCUUAUAAAGGGUUAAAGUCACUCAUGGGGCAAUCCUAAUAUCUGGUAACAGAGCUAUUCAAGUUUCAGUUUUCAUUCCUCCAUGUAACUUAAACUUGUCAAGGAACAAUUUCCAUGGAUUCAAUAUACACUUCUCAGUAAGGAACCAACGGAUCCAUGGCAAACGAUUUAUUUAGGUAUCACGAUUGUCUAGUGAACCAAUCAUAAACUAGAAAAAAAUCGAUUGUGUGACCAAAUUCGCCCUCAUCAAAUACCAAAAAACUUGAAUAUGGGCAUGGACAAACAAAAAACGCCAUCUAGGUCUGUGUUAAAUAACUAAAACUAGCAGCAAGUUCCGUAAAAAUAAUCUAGAUGUCGCUGUACCAAACAACUUUUCACGCCAUCUACUGACGAGUAGCUGGCGCUGGAAACGUAAAAAAUAAGGGCACACGUACCGUAACCCAACUACUACAAACAAGCUUGUACGGGAACUUCACGCCGUUCGUACGUCGGCCCUAAAGACUAAAGCCGAUAAAGUUCGUUUGUCCCUUUUCGACGUAUGGUGUGUGGUGUGAUAGAAAGUGACAAACGAACUUUAUCGGCUUUGUAACUUUAGAGUGCGUUUAUGAAUAAG